UGACUGGCUCUCAGUCCGGAGCGCAGAGAUGGCAGGUUUGGUGAAUGGUCGCUGGGGAACGGCAACGGUGGGUUUGAGGUGUUCCCUGGUGGUCCCCGCGGCUCCUGUGGCUCGGCUGUGCGCUCUGUGGUGACGGUGUCUGACUGUAAACCAGCCAGUCCGGUCGGUGUGUUUAUUAGCGGACUGUCCACAUGGAGCUUCGCCUUCACCGGCGCGGCCGCUGCUCUGAACGCGUGGAGAUGGGAGACCCUCUGAGCUCACCGGUGAGGCAGACCGCACUUUCCCUUCAGGCUGACCAGCGCUAAGAGCCCCGUCCUCCGUUCACCCCGCUCGCUGUGGGAGACCUGUGUGACUGUCUGCACUGACCCCGACGCCGAAACAGCGCUUUUCUUUAACCUCUGCUUCAUCGCAGUGACCGCGUUUCUCUUUCUGAGACGAGGCGAGUUUAAAGCAGGAUGUUCUUUCACUUUUCCUCCCUCUGUUGGGGCGAGUCCCCGAGGCUGAAUUCAGCGUUAACGCUGCUGUGACCGAGAGCAGUUUCACAGAGUUUGUUUCACAGUUAUUGAUCUGAGUUAUCAGCUAUUGUCCGUUUUUACUGUAACGCGCUCCUCCUGUACAGACUGCUGUAUAACACAGCGUCCCCGGGCAGCAUCAGGACCGGCUGGAAAGGAGAAGAAUUAAAAAAACGCGUUUUCUCCGCACGCUGAAGUUUGGCCUCCACGGGGCGCCGUCGAAAUGGGAGAGAACAUGUCAAAGAGGCUGAAGUUGGUGACGGCCUCCGAGUCGGAGAUGGAGGAGCGCUCGUUUCUCAACCCUUUCCCGGACUGGGAGCAGGGCGUCCUCGUCUCCUCCGGGUCUGGAGCGAACAGCAGCAGCAGCGCCGACCCCUUCGAUGGAAACGGAAAGAUCAGCGAGGCCUUCCAGAAGAAAGUACAGAAUAAGAUCAAAGAUCUUCUCCAGCAGAUGGAGGAAGGGCUGAAGACUGCAGACCCCCACGACUUCUCCACCUACACAGGCUGGACAGGGAUUGCUUUGCUGUACCUGCAGCUGCAUCGGGUGAGCAAUGAGGCCUCUCAUUUGCACCGUUCUCUCGAUUACGUCAAGCGAACACUGAGGAACCUGAAUGGCCGGCGCGUCACGUUCCUCUGUGGGGAUGCAGGGCCGCUGGCCGUGGGUGCAGUCGUCCACCACCGGCUGAAGAACCAGGCUGACUCUAAGGAAUGCAUCACCAAAUUGCUCCAGCUCCAGCGCUCAGUUAUCAGUCCAGACUCAGACAUCCCAGAUGAGCUGCUGUAUGGACGGGCUGGAUACCUCUACGCCCUGCUCUAUGUCAACAAAGAGAUUGGCCCAGACACAGUGGACGAGAGCACCAUCUCCAAGGUGGUGACGGCCAUUUUGGAGUCAGGGAAGAACCUGUCCAAAGAAGAGAAGAAGACGGAGCGCUGUCCGCUGCUUUAUGAGUGGCAUAAGAAGCAGUAUGUGGGAGCAGCGCAUGGACUGGCUGGUAUCUACUACAUGCUGAUGCAGCCCUCAGCUAAGGUGAACCCCGAUAUUCUGACUGAAUUGGUCCGGCCAAGUAUAGAUUACGUACGGCACAAAAAAUUCCGCUCAGGCAAUUACCCAUCAUCCCUCAGCAAUGAGACAGACAGGCUUGUGCACUGGUGUCACGGAGCACCGGGUGUGGUUCACAUGCUCAUCAUGGCACAUAAGGUGUUUAAGGAUGAGAAGUACCUGAAGGAUGCAGUGGAGUGUGGGGAGGUGAUCUGGCAGAGAGGGUUACUGAGGAAGGGCUAUGGAAUCUGUCAUGGCACAGCUGGCAAUGGCUACGCCUUCCUGUCCCUCUACAAACUCACCCAGGAGCAGAAAUACCUGUACAGAGCCUGUAAGUUUGCUGAGUGGUGUCUAGACUACGGAACACACGGCUGCCGUAUUCCAGAUCGACCAUACUCCCUCUUUGAAGGAAUGGCUGGAGCGAUACACUUUCUCUCAGACCUGGCUCAGCCUCAGGCUUCCAGCUUUCCUGCCUUUGAACUUUGACCUGGGCCUCUGGAAGCACUGACUUUUACUCCCCUUUAUUCGAAGAGUCACCUGAGACGGUGAAAGCCCCACUGUCCCAGAACACUCAGACGCAAAAAAAGAAAAAAACUCCCAACCUUCAGCCUAUAACUUAAAACAUGCCGCCUUGAGUUCUGUCUCUGUAGCUUUGAUGUCUUUGCCCUUGCUGUGCUUUUUUUUUUUUAACGUAUGUAAGGAUGUAUACUUUUAUUUUGUGUAUAUUUUUUGCUGAAAUGUUAAUUGAUUCCCAUUUGUCAUGCUUUUUUAUCUGUGAAAGGGAUGACAUUCUCUUGCUAAUGGAUCCUUGCCUCUGCAUGCUUGUGUUCUGAUACUAUAGCAGUGCCUCGACCGCCCCGUGUUUGUCUCUGUCCUUGCCGUUGGUGUGAAAGGGCUUUUCACGUGUUGGAGCCUGUCUUUGUUGUGUCUUUGCAUGGGGAUGGCUGAAACAUGACAGUGUACGCCUUCAGCUAAACUAUUAACAUCUGUAACAUCAGUUAAGCACUCAGAGUGGUGUGGGUGUUGCUGUGAGUGUAUAUUGAAAGAGUGUUGGUGCGUUGAUGUCUGGACGUGUCUUUAUGGAAGAUUGUGAGAAAACUGAACCGAACUUUUCCAGUAAAUAUUGUUCCCUCAGGCGGACAAUGUUGUUAUGAAUGUUGUAAUAAAUUGGGCUUCUUUUAGCUGCAUCUUA